AUGGCUAACAGAAUAACUUGGACUUUCCUAUUCGCAUUUGCUGCCUUGCAAACAUCGUUCGCAGCUCCACCAGUGAACAGAUGGCAGUUACAGUUUGAGAUGGCCAACGAACUUUUUCAGAUGGUAACCGAAGCCAUGGAAGAAUUGAAAAUCGUUUUUCAAGUGGUCAUCGACGAAGCGGAACUUAUUUUACCGCCGGACUCCCAAGGAAGCAUUCUGCCGGAGCUCAAGGAAUUUGUUAGGAGAAUGGAUUCCCUAGAUUUUGAUGAUUCAUUCGAGCUGAGCAGUCUGGAGGAUGCCCUCGAGGAAAUGGAGAAUAUUCUUGAAUUGUCAGAAAGCAGAGAAUUCGAAUCUGAAGCGGAUGAAGUCAUCGUCCAGUUAUUCAUACAGCAUGGAGUUGAAGACUUGGAGGUGAUUCUGGAGAAAAAUUUGGAAAAUACAUUGAAAGUAAUCGAAAAGAAGAUGGAAAGCUAUAUGAGCACAUGGUCUGAAAGUCGAUUGGCCAGAAAUUCGGAACUAGUUAAGCAGUUUAACGAGUUCAAAAACGAGAAGGAUGUCUAUGAGAAAUUGGAUAAAAUAUCUAACCUUAGUUUUGCCUAGAAAGAGUAUUAGGUUCCAAUCUGUUCGUUGCUGCUUAACACACAUCUACAUAAGCAGUACUUACUUUUUCUAAUCAAAAUAUUAGUCAUGUUUUAAUUCCAAUAAAUUAUAGUGGUAGUAAAAAUAUUUACUUGUCAUUAUUGGUAUGAA